AUGAAGGGCCUCGCCAAGGCCAUGAAGCGCACGCCGCACCUCAUGACGAGCAAGAUCGGCAUGGCGGCCAAGUCGUCGGAUGCGGCGUUCGACUCGCUCAACCAGCGCUUCACGAACCUCGAAAAGCUCUCGGAAAAGCUGCUCAAGGACGCAUCCACCUUCCGCGACGCCGUCAAGAACAUGCUGCUCUCCGGCGCCAACUUUGGGCGUCACUUUGACACGCUCUUCCAGCCGAUUGGAUCCGAGUACGAUCUGGAGCAUCGGCAUCCGAAUGCGCAGCACACCAUCGUCAACCUGUCCGCGUACGGUCAGCUGAUGGACGAGCUCAAGGAGACGCUCACGCCCGAGAUCGAGCUCAUCGAGAGCCGCGUGAUCGCGCCCACCAAGGACUUCCAGACGGUGGUCAAGGCCAUCCGUAAGAACAUCACCAAGCGCGACCACAAGCUGGUGGACUACGACAGGCACAACAACUCGUACUCCAAGCUGCGCGACAAGAAGGACAAGAGCCUCAAGGACGAACAGAACCUCUUCAAGGUGGAGCAGGAGUACGAGACGGCUGCGGCGGAUUACGAGUACUACAACAAUGCGCUCAAGGAGGAGCUGCCGCGCUUCUUUGACAUGGCAAGCCGCUUCAUGACGCCGCUCUUCCACAGUUUCUACUACAUGCAGCUCAACGUGUUCUACCUCACCAUGGAGAGGCUGCAGACGUUUGCGCAGGGCAAGUACGAUCUGACCAACAACUCGAUCGCGGUUGUAGAGGAUACGUACAUGGCGCAGCUUACCGAUGCAGCCGAACGACUGGAGAACUUGACGAUCCGUAGAGGCGCCAUGCCGACCGCCAAGAUCCUUGCGCAGAAUCGAGCCAGUGGUGGUGGGUUGAGUCCGUCGGGGUCGCGCAUCGGCGGCUUGGCUGCAGGCGCACCCAGUCGCUCGGGCUCAAUUCUUAGCUCCCACUCGAAUGCGGCUGCUGCAGCUCCACCCGCUUACUCGCCCACGAGUGCGGCGGCUGCAGGUGGCGUUGCGAAGAGACCUCCACCACCCCCGCCUAUCAAGCCCAAACCGGGCGCUGCACCGCGCUCGUAUGUAGUGGCGCUCUACGACUACACCGCCACCGCGGAUGGAGAUCUCAGCUUCAAGGCAGGCGAUAGGAUCGAAGUCACAGAACGCACCCAGUCGACUGAUGAUUGGUGGACCGGCAUCGUUGCUGGCCAGAAGGGCGUAUUCCCCGGCAACUAUGUGCGCGAUGAGUAG